GCUACGAGCGAACAAGCAUCAGUCCGCGCUCAACCACCACGACGACCGGUCGCUUCCGCACACACCAGUGUUUACAACUGUAACUUAACCUACACACUCGUGCGGCUCGUAGCCUGGCCUACCGCGACAGCGGCGGCAGUGACAGUGUUAGCAGAGUGUAACGGUGGCCGGCGCGACGGAGGCGGUGCAAGGCAUGUUGAUGGCGGGCGCUCUGCCGGCCGAGUCCGAAGGGCUGCUGGCAUUGGGCGCUCUGCCAGGCCAGAAAGACACAACCUGGACCAAACUGUUUGUCGGAGGGCUUCCAUACCACACCACGGAUAAGAGCCUUCGAGAGCAUUUUGCAGUCUAUGGCGACAUCGAAGAGGCCGUGGUCAUCACAGACAGACAGACCAGCAAGAGCAGAGGAUAUGGCUUUGUAAUCAUGGGUGACCGAGCGGCGGCGGAGAGAGCGUGCAAAGACCCUAAUCCUAUCAUAGAUGGAAGGAAAGCAAACGUGAAUCUCGCCAUUCUCGGAGCCAAACCCCGAGGGAACCUGGCGCCAGGUUUCGGUCUAGCUGCAGCCGCAGCGGCAGGGGUUCGCGCUGGCUACCAAACCGUGUUACCUUCACCUUACGGGUUGUCUCCUGGAUACGUGUAUGGGACUCCUAGUUACAUGAACGCGAUGAGCGGGGUGGGAGCAAGCGUGGGUUCCGGAGCUGGUGGCUUGGUGCAACUGCCUCAGCUGCAGCAUGCGGCGGCAGUAGCUGCUGCCAACCAUUUGUAUGAAUAUCAAGCUGCCGCAGCCCAGGGCGCGGCGGCAUACCAGCAACAAUACGCUGCCGCCGGUUUCGAUCCUUAUGCCACAGCCGCCGGUUUGUAUAAUUAUGCAGCGGCAGCAGCUGCUAGUGGUGCCGGCUACGUGUCACCAUACUACGCGCUGCCAGGAGGUGGAGUUCAAGGACCCCUGCUACCCCCGCUACCAUACCCCCCGCAGCUCCAAGAAGCAAGGAUGCAGUAGAUUUGACGUUCAAGCGCUCGGGGACUUUACUGGUGACAAAGCAUGUCAGCUGAACAAUAACACUAGAUCUGAAUUUGUAAAAGAAUAUCUCUGUUAAUACAAAAGUAUCACCAGUAAUGUAGUCAUUACCUAAUAACACUCGUUUAUAGGUCUGAAUGCGAAAUGGAAAUUAAUAAUGACACAGCUGUUAAGGUAAACGUUCGGUGCCUUUUGUCGGACAGUAGUAAAAUCGUUAGCAAACCAUGUCAUAAGAAAAAAAUAAAGAUGCACUAAUGGAAGCAAGGCCAAAUAUU